GUCAGCAAAAAUAUAUUUAAAAAAGUGAUUAAUUUCAAAUCCAGCCAAUUUGGGCUGUCUAAAAAUAAUGCAAGUAGUAAUUUAAAGAACUUAAUUGAACCCAAAAGUGGAACAAGCUUAUAAAUAAUUUAAUUUUUUUGAAUACUAUAUAUCGCACAAUUAAAUCCAUAUCGUGCAAACUACUGGAAACGAGGCAAAAAAAUUUUAAUUACACUUAUGAUGUUACGAUCUGGAGAAUGAAGAAACUGGUCAAAAUGAACUGUAAUAGUUACUGAGAAAGUCCCAUCUGGUACUACAUAUUUGUUGAUGUACCAUUGCAAAAGAUCCAAACCUAACUUGAUUCAUUCAUUCGACUUUGAGUCGACUAUUAAAUAAUCAAUACUUUUAAACACAGUACACUUUCAGAUUUAAACCUCAGCUGGAUGUUUACUCUUAAUUCUGUGGUAAACACUGCAUGAAACGUCAUUUUCAAAUCCCAUGAUAGGGGGUCUUUAAAUCAACAAAUAUUUAUAAGGCAUAAGGACUAGACAACCUGCACCAUGUUUCUAAUAAUAUAUUAUAAUAGCAUGUAUUAUAUGAAGUUUAUUAUUAAAGCUUUUCAAAUAUAUAUUGUUGUUUGCAUCCUUUUUGUCCCUGCGCUAUCUGUCUAAACUGUUGCGUCUUCCAUAUUUUUUACAGUCAUUGGAACAGACGUUGUCUGCUAUUAAACUACGUUUCCCAGGAAGCUUUGCGCGCUUCUCUCACGUGUUGUUCAGUGUGGUUCCUGUGUCCGUUCCUGGUCCGUUCAUUCUUAUUUUCUUCUUAAAACAUGUUUUUUCAGUUCGCUUGGCGAGGAGUUUACCUUUCUGAGGGCUUUUAGGAUGUAUUGUCGAUAAUUUUACAUUUGAGGGAACGUUUUGUAACUGUCAGGAACAACAAGAUGGUCUCAUGUUUAUAAAAUAUUAAGCAAGUUGACAGUCAACAUCGUGACGCGACUUCUAGACAAAUCUUUGUCAGCGAUUUAAUAUCGACACUAAAUAGGUAUAAAUAAUAAUCAAUGAGGCCAGAUGACUGAGGUCAGUUCACAGUCAUGGAGAGUCUACAUUUGCCUUCUGAGAUCAUUACCUACAUAUUUAGUUUUCUGCAUGUAAUGGAUCGAAAGGAAGCGUCACUGGUCUGCAAGAGCUGGUACAAUGCAAGCCAAGACUAUCCGUUUAAGAGAAACCUUACCUUCAAGUUUCCAGCAUCCUCCUCUUCUCUGGGCUUCAUCCGAGGUCUUGCGAGACAUCCUCGCUGUGGCCUGGUCAUCAGCCAUCUGGAUGGGUCCAGUGUGUCCAGGCAGGUGCUGCUUGAGGUCGGGCUUCACCUCGGGCCUCGGCUUGACAGUCUGGCCCUGCCUGGCAGCAGUAUCACCGAGUCCUGCCUGCUGGAGCUCCUGCCCCGACUGACCAGCCUCCGCAAGCUGGACCUGCAGGGUCUCGACAGCCUCUUCAUGUCUGGAGCUUUUCUGUCCAGAGAGGAGCACCGGCGGAAGGUCUAUCGUGCUCUGCUGAACCUGGAAGAACUGAACCUGUCUAAUCUGCGCUACCUCUCUGACCUCUCCUUCAACCGGCUGACCAUUUGCACUCCUGGACUGCGGCGUCUCUCUCUUUCUGGGUGCCACAUCUCCUUCGAGUUUGACCCGUACCGAGGCUGUCCUGUAGGCUCCGGCUCCUCCGCUCUGGUUUCCCUCCGAAACCUUCUGAAUCUCCUCCAGAAGCAAACCUCCACCCUCCGCAGCCUGGACCUGAGCCGCACCGGCAUCACACCGAAGUCCCUCCGCUCCAUUUCCAAGCUCCGCGGCCUCCGUCUGGAGGAGCUGAAUCUGCACGGCUGUAAAGAACUGACCGAUUACUCCAUCGAGAUCCUCUGUAAGUAUCAGAGCGGCCUGCGGAUGCUGGAUUUGAGCGGCUGUAUGGAGCUGAGCUGCAGGGCGGUGCUGGCGGUGGGUGCGGAGCUGAAGGAGCUGAGGGUCCUUUCGUUCUCGCAGGACUGGAAGAUCACAGAUAAAGGUCUGGCCGAGCUGAUGAUGCUGCCGCAUUUGAGGAGCCUGGAUCUGUCAGAGUGUCUGCAUGUGAGCGGGACAGAGCUGGUCAAAGGCUUGUCUGGUCCAGAACCCAGAGCGCAGGUGGAGACCCUGAGCCUGAGGAACUGCACAUAUAUUAGGGAUUCAGUGGUGUUUUCGCUGGCGCAGCUGCUGGGUGUUCAUCUGCGAGAGCUGGAUCUGUCCUCAUGUGUUUAUCUCACUGAUCUGAGUGUCCGAGCCAUCGCCACCUUCCUGCCCGCUCUGCUGGUGCUGCGGCUCGGCUGGUGCAAGGAGAUCUCAGACUGGGGGCUGCUGGGCAUGACAGAGCCCACCAAACACUGCCAGCCCUCUGACAGAGAGGAGGAUAAAGGGCCGAGCUUUACUAGGACGUUUGGAAACAUGGGCUUUUUCCAGCCUCCGAGCCUGCCUUUCCAGGACAAGCCCCGUCUGGUGACGGAUGAGGAUCUAGAGGAGUUCAGGGAUCAGCAAGGUGCAUCACUGCUGGCCCUCAGAGAACUUCAGGUGCUGGAGCUUACAGCCUGCUCAAAGCUCACCGACACCAGCAUCACACAGGUCCUCCGUUUUCCCGAGCUGCAGCGUCUCUCGCUCUCCAUGCUGCCUGAGAUCACUGACGACAGCCUGGUGUCUGUAGCUCUUCACUGCUGCAGCCUCACCAGCCUUUCGCUCAGCCACUGUCCUCAGAUCAGUGAUAAGGGCAUGGCUCGAGCUCUUCCGCUUCUCCACAGACUCCAGCACCUCUAUCUGGCCUGCUGUAACGCCAUCACCAAUGAAACUCUGUCCAUCAUUGCUCUGCAUUGCGAUAGACUGCGAACCCUCGACGUGUCCAUGUGUAAAGACAUAACAGUGCACCAAGUGGACCUCCUUCAGUCCCGACUACCCUUCCUGGAGAAAGUCCAGUGCCGCUUCGCCAACGGGGCAGAUUUCACUAUGGUAUUAUGAAGCUAUAGCAUCCUGCUAAAGGUGUGUGGUAUUUAUGAUCUAAUGUCCUUUUUUCUUUGCAAGCUGAUAUUAGAUUGUUUUGGGACAAAAAAAAAACCCUGAAAAUGAUUCACUUUCACCAAAGAAAAUUGUUCAAAACAAACCUGGAACUGAGCUAAAGCCACUUUAAAAAGUGACCAGUGUAAACAUUCAUAUCAAGUUAGAGAGAGCUCAACCAAAAUCUAAAAGGUGAUCUUUUUUUCAUUGAUAAGUCAAAAAAAACAUCCACUUCUGAAAUGUAAAUGUUGGCCGUUUUUAUAGCCAGAAGCUGUGGAUCUUUGUUGUAAAACAGGGGUAUCCAAACUCAGUCCUGUAGAGUCGGUGUCCUGCAGUUUAGCUCCAACCCCUAUUAGACACACCUGAACCAGCUAAUCAAGCUCUUUCUGGGUAUACUAGAAACAUCCAGGCAGGUGUGUUGAAGGAAGUUGGAGCUAAACUAUGCAGGACACCGGCCCUCCAGGACUGAAUUUGGGUGUUCAUCGAUAAUGUGAUUUUAUUAUUUGAAAAAUGAUCUACAAAUCGAUUAACAACCUCAGAUGUCACAACAGGUUUUCACUAAAACUCUUUCUGGAGAAGAUGUGUGGUGUUUUGACUUUUGGAAUCAAGCUGUUGCACUCUAAACAGUAAAACAAUUGUCUUAAGUGAAUAUAUUUAAAGCACUUUAAACUCAGGUAUAAAAGAAAAAUCUCUUUCUUCUUUGUGUUUUCUGGCAUGUGGCCAUAAGUUAUGAAUUAUUAUGCUACUGAAUGUAUGCAAGAGUUUUGAGCUGUGUCCGAGCGUUUCAAACGAUUCCAACAUGAUCUGCUAUUGAUUAGUAGAUAUAAAACCACACUUCCAGACUGUAUUCCUGGCCGUGUCAAUAAACUUUUAUAAAUGUGAUG